CGUGGGGAAUGCCCCGUGGAGGGCAAUGGCAACAACCACCGCAAGGUGCAGGGGCCAACGGGGAAGGAGAGCUGCCUGCGGGGGGGCAGCGUCCUCUGCACGUACAUCGUACGUUGCUGGCACUGCACCAAACAUGCAUGCGGGGGUGGUUGGAGGCACGUCCACGAACUAUUAUUCAAGACCGCCUGCUGCGAACAUGGUUGGAGGUCUGUCGCAGCCCAUGCCUUUGGAUGCUGCAUUUAGCAGUCAUGAUGGUCGUCGUCUUCAUGUGCACGAUUCCGAAAUCAGUAUCCCAGAGCCUUCUCAAGUGGUUGCCGACCUCGGCGAGGAUAUGGACAAGCACGACGCUGGAAUGGGCAACAUGUGGGUUGGUGCAUCUGCCGACAUAGCUGGUACGCAAAGCAUGGGUAAUGUCAUAGUGGACCUCACCGAUGUGGCAAAACGGAUGACGCGGCGGGCGGUAGGACUUCUGCUAAUAUUUGAACGUGAGUUCUAUGAAGCACUGCAAUCAUGGAAGCUUGCGAAAGCAGAUGGGCUGAUGCACAGUGUGAAUCUUGAAGGAGCGUCGUCGAGCAUAGACAUGGAUGACGAAGACAUGGGCGGUGGGGAGGACACAGGUGGUGCUCGCCGGAAAGCAGACAACGACAGUGGUGAUGUAGUGAAAUUCGCUCGAAGUGGUGGGGGUAGAGGGCACCUGAGACAUUCGCCGUCGGAGAGUUCUGUAGAGGAAGGGAGGGGAGGCACAUUCGCAGAUGUCGCCUAUGCUCUCGUCGAUGUCACCGACAGACAUACCGAUAAGUUGUCUUGCAGUUUUGUGGAUGUCAUGGUUGGAAUCAACAAGACCAUGGCAGAUGGGAACAACACGCUAUUGCAGUGUUUUGCGAUGUUGUCCGGUUCGUUGUUUCUGGAGGCGGCGGGGUGGAGAGGAAGAAGGCGGUCGAGAGGCACGAUCCUGGCGUUCCAUCCGUAUAAGGUGGGCGGUCUGGAGGUCCUCGAUGGUGAAUUGGGAGGGGUCGAGAGAGGCAGUGUCGAAGUCGUCAUCGGAGGUGGGUUGAGUGGUGUCGUUAUGGAAAAAGAGGGGGCGGGAGGGAGCGGGCGCGGACUGGUGAUGGGGGUGGAGGAGUCGAUUGUGGUGAAGCAUGCAAGAGAGGAGGUCAGCAAGGGGCAUGUCGGGUUCGUGGGCAAGGGCGGUGGCAAGAUCUUUGUGGCAUACUCGCUUGAUGCGGGAGAUGAACGCAAAGUCGGGAAUGACGGUGGUGGGGAGGUGAUGGCGGAGAGAGCGGAUGUAUUGGACGAAGCGGUCUGUGGGACCGGUUUGGCGGAGGUGGCAGAAUUGUUCGAGGUAGUCGUCAAUGGUUUUCUGGGGGCGGAAGGUGGCAGCGAGAAGUUUGGCCCAUUGGAGGAAGGAGUGACGUGGUCCUCCAGAGGCUCGGCGGUUGCUGACUUUAGUCAUCCACCAUUUGGCGGCAUUGCCAAGGAGGCGGGCGGUGGCAAUGGGGAGCCAGUGGGCAAGGGGCAUGUGGUGGAGGUGAAAAGAGUUCUGGAGCUGGGAGGUGGAGGGAACGGGACAAUGGUGGAGGUUGAAGGGUUGAUGGAUGUGGUGGUAGAGGUGGUAGGAGUGGAGGAGGUCGGAGGGGGGGUGUUGCUGGAGGCGGUUGUGGAGGAGGGAGUGGUUUGCACUGUGGAGGUUGGAGUGGUUUGCACUGUAGAGGAGGGAGUGGUUUGCGCGGUGGUGACGACCGUAAUGGAGGGGAUGGUCCCUUCGAGCGUGGUGACGCGGUCGCAUAUGGACGACAUGUUGGCCUUUAUGUCGUCGAGAGAGGCGGUGACGGAGAUUCGAAUGGUGUUGAGUGCGUGGAGGAUGGCGGAGAGGUCGAGGGUGGCGGUGUUUGCUGGUGGUUGUUCGCCUGCGAGGUUGCGGGCGAUGCUAUCAACUGAGUCGGUGCGGAUGUCAGACAUGUUGAUGGAGGAUGCGGCCAUGUCAGGGGAAGAGGGGGUGGAGGACGUGGCCUGAACGGCUGUGGAGGAUGCCGCAGCAGCGGUGGUGGCGGCAGCAGCGGCGGUGUCGGCGGUGGCACGUUGGGAGUUCUUGGUUCGGCGUGGUGGCAUGUGGAGGGGGGGGGGGAAUCCCUUAUUUAUUUAUCAAUAAAUUCAAAAAUAAAGA